GCUAAUUCUGCAGCGUGUAACGCUCGAUACCUAUUCUGACGGGCCAUUAAGCUUCACCACGUCUGACAGUCGCAACGAUGAGUAACUCCAGCCACGUUGGCGGUCAUUCCAUAGUGUACCUGCGACAUUUGCUCGAGGAAAGUGGAAAUGGCUACGAUAUCACGGAUCAUCCACUCCACAAGCGCUUCAUGGAGGUCGUCGGUAGUCCCAGGAGGCCGCCCCCUCGUAUAGUAUUGCCUAAAAGGAAGAACAAAAGGUUGCUGGUCCAGUCCGAACGGUCGAAAGAAGGCAGUGCGAUGAAGCCGAACCGUGGCGUACGGCGGUCACUUGAUGUCAAGACAGGGCCUAAAGGAUGCGUGUCAAAAAUCAGGAGUGAAGAAGGUGUCAUGGAUGGUAAACGCACGCACAGUCACACGGAGCAGAACACCGCGUAUUAUCCGGUUGUAGAGUCCGGUACAGCUGCUGAUCCCGAGGUCGGCUUGGAUGCCGUCGCGAAGGGCACACAGACGGAUGAAAUGGGCGCCUUACGCGAGGGCCGUCAAAAGCGAUGGUUGGAUGACGUCGAGGAUGAUGAAUCCAACUCGAGCGAUGCCGAAAGUGAUAUGUCAGACACGCUGUCGGAGUCGUCCAAUGAAGAGGGACUUCACAGCUCACACAAGAGAGAGUUCACUGAGGCAUUCGACGAGGACAUUGACAUGAAGGGUCUAGAUGAUAAUGUGCCAAGCAAGAAAAUGAGGGCCGAAGCAGUAUUUGGUGGUCAUAAUGAACAAUCGGCCCUUCCGAACUUCGAAGCCAGCAGAGUUUCUGGCCACGUUCCUGUUGCUCGACGCGAGCACGACAUAGGAUCAACCUCUACUUCAUCGCCGAUGCGAUCUGACCUUGAGCUGCCAUCGCGAGAUGCAAGCUGUACAUUGUGGACGAAUGAGACUUCGAGAUAAGCCCAUUUCUUCAACUCCCCGAAACAGAUGGUGUGCUGUGGGAGGAUUAUCACUGGUUCGGACUCAAGAAAAUGACGUGUUGAGCGAAACGGACAGUUGCCUGAGCGAGGAGGCGCAGUUUUGAAAGUCAGGAAGUUGACGGAUGGCUGGUGACGUUCUGAAAGGCUGGUUGAAUAGGAACAAGUUGCUCUUCGUGGUUUGUCUUUGAAUAUUGACUAUAGAUUGAUGUUCA